CCAAAGAGUAUAUGGAACCACUACGAGUACUAGUUUAAAAAACUUCAUUUUGUAGGUAUUUUAUUUUUAUUUGCUUGUGAUUUGAUUGAACUCACCGAGGUAAAAGAAAGAUUAAUUAUUGAUUGCUGAAUUUUAUUAAAAAGUGAUUAUCAGUGAAUUCAGCAAUAGAAUUUAGACACAUUCCCUUUGCCUCGUGAAACCAAUUAACAAAGUAAGUUCGAGCCGCAUACUUAUACAGUUAGUUUUAUCAGACCACAGGUAUCAGCGUUAGUAAAAUGAAUUUUGAGGGUACAUCAAGGGAAAAAUUCUUUUACCACAAUACAUUGUUGUGUUUAAUUAGAUGUUUGCAAGACAAAAAUAUUACAGUUGACCUUCGCAAUGAUUCAUACGUUUGUGGUCAAUUAGUUGCAGUGGAUGGUUUUAUGAAUCUAUCAUUCUGUAAAGCUGUAUAUUGUGAUACACAACAAAAUGAAUACUUUUUUGAUAAUCUAUUUAUACAAGGUCGGAAUAUUAGAUAUGUUCACAUACCAGAGACGAUGACCAUCUUAGGAAGUCUUACUAAUGAGUUGAAAAGAAACAAAGGCAGAAAACCUGGUCUGAAACCAGAAGUAAAAUCAACAAAAGCAACAAAAGCACUAAAACAGCACAUGAAGACUGUUGCAGAGUUAGACAAUUAAUUCAAACAUAUUAAAAGAUU